AUGAAUAACAUGCUGGAUAGUUCGCACUACCGCCCUACGAGGUGGGCUCUGAUAAUGAUGGGACAGUGGCCCUUCGAACCUCCAGGAAAAAAUCGAUUUUUCAAGUGUUUGACGAUUUUUCUCAUCAUCAGCAUGUGUUUACCAACGAUGACUAAGUUUGCGAUGUCAGUGACGGACAUAGACAUUGUGAUGGAGUGUAUUCCAAUACUGUGUGUAUAUGCUGCCGCGUUCAUAAAGUUCUUCACUUGGGUGAUUGAUGACGAUAUGAAGGGAUUGCUACUCUCCAUAGAGAGAGAUUGGAAGAAUUUAAAAGUUCCGGAGCACAUCGAGUUAUUAGCUGAAUUUGCCGAACGCGGGAGAAAGAUUAAUAACUUUUAUGCAACAUUGAUUUUUGGAUUACUCGGACUGUUCCUCGCAAUGCCAGCAAUUCCAAUAUUAAUGGACGUAUGGAUACCUCUGAAUCAGUCUCGUUCACGAAUAUUUCUGUAUCAAACUGAAUAUUUCGUCGAUCAAAAUGAAUACUACUUCCUAAUUCUGAUACACGCUUAUAUCACCAUUCCUGUUGUUUUCGUCGCCAUAGUUUAUUUUGAUAAUUUGUUUUCAAUAUUUAUCAAUCACACGUGUGGCAUGUGCAACGUCUUGAGAUUACAUUUAGAAUGUGUGCACAUUGCGGGGUCUUUCAGUGAUAAUGCGACUUCGGAGAAACGAAUACAAAUAUGCGCUGAUAUGCAAACUAAUAUUCUCCAGUUUGUUCAACGGUUGGAAUCAAUUUACACAAUACCAUUUCUACUGCUGGUUGGGAUGAACAUGACAGUGAUAACGUCGACUGGAAUGAUGAUAGUCAUCAAAGGGGCUGAGAUCAGUGAGCUCAUUCGAUUUGCCUCUUUCAACGUCGGAACCAUAUUCCAUCUGUUCUGGAGCAGUUGGCAAGGACACGCUCUCAUAGUGGAGAGUGAAGCUGUCUAUUUAUCAGUUUACCAGAGCAAAUGGUACACCCUCUCUCCGAAGCUGCAACGGAUGCUCCUUCCGCUGAUGAUGAGGAGUGCGAAACCUUGUCAAAUAUCAGCUGGAAAAUUCUAUGUGAUGUCGAUGGAGAGUUUUGGGGCUGCCAUGAGGAUGACAAUGUCCUUCUUCACGCUGUUGCUGUCAAUGCGAUAGACGUAUCAACCGAACAUCUCCAAGUUGUUGUCAUGAUGAAGAAUACCGUACCUCCAGGCGUUAUUUUUGUAAAUUGAUGAUGACUUUAAACCUUUAGACGCUAAUAAAAUUUCUGUAAUUCUCAAAUGAACGAUUUUUUUAAUACAAUGUAGCGAAUUAAAUCCCGCGUAAAAAAUAUGAAAAAUAU